AUGGCUGAACAAAUAUAUUUAACCGAUCCGGAAACAGGGGAACGCUUUCGUCUUGGAGGCUGCUUAACCAAUGGCAAACCAUUGAAUAUACCAAAAUAUGGAGCUACACGAUGCAUUUCAAAUAUGGAAUUACCUCCAUCAGUUGAUCUAAGACAGUUUAUGUCACCCGUUGAGCAUCAAGGCAAUAUCAAUUCAUGUGGUCUAUUUAUAUACUACAAUGCUCGUAUUAUAGACAAACUUCAGGAGAAUCAAAUGGUAGAUAGGGGUACUUAUAUUAUUAGUGCUAUUCAAGGAUUAAAAAAAUUCGGCUGUUGCAAAGUAGAAACGUACCCAUUCGAUCCUGCAAAUGUCAACCUAAAGCCACCGCCCGAGUGUUAUACAGAGGCUGAAAAACGUCGUAUCGAUGAAGCCAUGAUGAUACGUGCAGAACUAAAUGAAAUGAAAGGAUGUCUAGCUGAGGCGAAUCCAUUUGCAUUUGGUCUUCGACUAUUUCCAUCGUUUGCACAAGCUGGAAGUAAUGGAGGACGUGUAAAAAUGCCAAACAUACAUUCUGAAUCACAAAGUGUUGAGCAAGGUUGCCAUGCAAUGUUGGCAGUGGGAUACAGCGAUGAAUCAGGAUGUUUCAUUGUUAGAAAUACAUGGGGUGAAAAGUGGGGCGAUAAAGGCUAUUGUUACAUUCCUUAUCACUAUAUGUGUAAUCCACAACUUUGUUGUGAUUUAUAUGCCAUAAAAAUGGUCUAUGAUGAAUUUGUUCAUGAGAAAGAUACAAGUAUUCUGAAUCGAUAUGACUGGAAUGUUGAUAAAGAUAAACGUUAUUAUAUUCCACCAAACUAUCCUUAUCAAUGCUUCGAUUAUAAGUUUUUUUGGAACUUAAAUGAUACAUUUAACUAUUUUACUCAAAUAUCGCAAAAUGGACAAAUAGUUCCUUUCAUAUGGAGAUCAAUAAAGACAGUAGAUAAUAACAUUGAAAAUCAUAAAGCAGGAUCAUCGAAAACUGAACGUCCAACUUCAUUUAUUCUUUGGAUCGACAAAAAAAACCAUGAAAACGCUCAUAUAGAGAAACGGUUGAGAAGUGAAAAAAAUGUUAAAAUAGACUUCUAUGAAGCAUUAUCAAGAGCAGAAGCUCAUAUGUUGAAAUAUAAGCAUAAGAUCAAAUUAUCAUCAACGUUUCAAAUAAUUUGUCAUGGUUAUUAUAAAGAGGAAAAUAAAAAUCCAUUGAAUAUAUUAUCUUUCUUGAAUGAUAAUAGUUUAAGUCACGUUCCAGUUCUUGUUUUUACUAAUGAUAAAGUUGAUUUACAGACUCGUUUGCAAAGUCAGGCGCCAUCGAUGGGUAUAAAUGAUUGGAAGCAACGAUUAUUUAUUACAGGCAACCAUGAAGAAUUAAUUAAAAAAAUCAAAGAGACAAUAGCCGAUAAAUCCAGUGACAAUAAAUCAUAA